GGAAUGACAUCUAUUUCCCAAUCAUCUCCAGUUCUUCCAACCACAAUGGCCUAUGCAUCAGACGCUGAAAAACUUCGCUACUCCCAAGAGCUCGCUGCUUACACUCUCAGGCAGCUGGAACAAUGGCAAAUCCAUCAGGCACUAGAGCAGAAAAAGUCAGAGUCUGGGAGAGAGAAAUCUCCACGCAAAGGUGAACGGCGACGAAGCCAUUCUCCCAAAUCAGCAGCGUCGGAUUCACAUUAAGAACUUUUUUAUCGUAACGAUUUUCCACUGCAUCCUCAAGUAUCCAGCACACCACCAUAUCUUAAUACUCCAACGCCUUCAUAUAUCAAUAGCCAUCACAAUUCUUUUGGCGUACAAUGUCAAUCAACAUUUGCUGCCACUGACUCGGACUUGUCUCUGUUUUUGGGUGAUUAUAGCUGGUAUCUCUUUAGCUUAUAUAUUCACAUUCAACA